AUGGAAAAGGGUGAUCACUCAGGCAAAGACUAUGUGCAGGUUUUGGAGACUUUGGGUGAGGGUAUAGCCCAAGGAGAACUGGCCCCUUCUCUUGUUGUUGAUUGUAGCAUUCAGAAUUUGGUAAAUGAUACAGAGGCAGUAAAUGCAAAUGAAGAUCUUGCUGCUCCAAAAACCAUGGUUCCAACAGAUGCAGAGAAUGUAAAUGAAAAUGAGUAUGAAGGCAUAAUAAAUGAUGCAGCUGCUCAAGCUACUAUUCAUGUAGUAGAACAAGAGGCGGCAAUUUUAGAAACAAUGUUGCAGGAGUCUUACAAGGAUCCUAUUCCUUCUUCUCCAAACAACAUGGGUUCUUUAAUUCUUGAUGUUAGAAAG